CGCUUCCGUUUAAAGUCCUGCUGUUUUUCUCCAGACUGUGAAGCUGGGUAAAACGGUUUGCCUGAACUUUUACAAAGACCUUAUUCAUAUUAAGUUAAAAUGGAGAGGAGAGUUUUGUCUGUGAGGACGAAGAUAAAGGAUAAUUGUCCCAAGAAGGAAAAGCUGGACCUCCCAAAGUGGAUGCAACGGGAUAAUUUCAGGGGACUGAAAAAGCACUCAGACAGAGAUACUGAUGAUGAGAGUUUUGACACCAUUGAGAUGUUACUCGACACCGAGAAGCAGUUUAUGGAAGCAGCAAAGAGGAAUGAUCUGAAAACCAUGAAGUAUCUUGGAAAAAGUCUGAACGUCAACGCAAAGAACGUGCACCACAGGACAGCCCUUCACUACGCAGUAGCAGGCAAAAACAAGGAAGCAACUCAGUUCCUUCUGCAGCGCAGGGUCAAAGUGGACCAAAAAGACAAGUAUGGCAUGGCACCCAUUCAUCUAGCUGCCUGGUUUGGCAGCUUGGAGAUCCUGAAAUUACUGGUGCAGGCUGGGGCUGAGCAGAAGGUUGAAAAUGAGGACGGACUGAACAUCAUGCACUGCGCUGCCAUCAACAACCACACUGAAAUUGUAGAGUAUAUUAUCAAUGAUAUGCAGAUGAAAGAAUUAAACAAGGAGGAUCAGUCAGGACAUUGUCCUUUUGCACUGGCAGCAGAACAUGGGAGCACUGAAAUGUUAAAGAUACUGACGGAGCCAUACAACAUGGCCACAAUGAAGCCCAACAAGAGAGGGGACACUCCCCUGCACUUAGCUGCCAGGAACGGCCACUUGGACGCCGUCCAGCUGCUGCUGCAGACCUUUGAUUCUCGGGAUGAAGUCAAUGUGGAUGGUGAGACAGCUUUGUACCAGGCGGCAGAUAACAGUCAGGAAGAAUGUGUCCUGGCCCUGCUGGAGGCCGGCUGUGACCCCAACAUCCUCACAGUGGCCAAAUGCAGCGCUCUCCAUCCAGUCUCAGAAAGCGGAGACACGUCUCUUCUCCAACUCCUUUUAGAGUACAACGCCCAUACAGAUGUUCAAAACCAGCAGCUGGAGGCUCCUCUCCAUCUGGCAGUGAAGAACGGUCACAUCCCUGUUAUCCAUUCUCUUGUAGCAGCAGGCUGCAACAUUAAUGUAGCCGACAAGAGACUCCAGACUGCACUGCAUCUCUCAGCGGAGCUCGGCAGGACUGAAGUUGUGGAAAUGCUCCUAAAAGCUGGUGUGGAUCUAGAAAUCCGGGACAGACAGGGUAAAACUGCUCUGGGUGUGGCAGCCAGAGCAAAUGAGGUGAUCAUUGUGGACAUGAUCAUUAAAGCAGGAAGAUACUACAGCUGGAGAAAGGCCAACCCUGAGCUUAAUGAAAGCGUUCACAGUGAGCAUCCGCUAACGUUUAAACUUGACCACCGGAAUGAAACCAAGCAGCUCCGUUCUACUGCCUGGCGCCUAGCGUACGAGCUCCUGAAACCCGGAGACUGGAAAAGACUGGCAGAGAACUGGGCCUUCACUAAGGAGCAAGUGGCUGCUAUUGAGGAUCAGUGGACAGGUCAGCACAGUUAUAGAGAGCAUGGCCACAGGAUGCUGCUGAUCUGGCUCCACAGGGAGGAGCUCGCUCAGACGAAUCCUUCCAAACAACUCUACCAGGAACUCAUCCUCACUGGGAACAGGAAGGCUGCUGAUAAGAUUCGGACGGAGGCAGAGAACACCAGCAAGAGUUGCUGCAUUUCAUGAUCAAUUUUGUUUACAUAAUUAUCAACCAUUGAUUUCUGUAAUAAGUUAGUGGUAAAAGCAUUUAUUUAGAAAAUAGCAAUGUGCUGCUGAUCCGUAAAAUAUGACUUUGCAUUAAGAAAGUAAGCAACCAUUGCUGCUAGAUUGUUUCUAAAUCAUGAAUGGAUGCACACAAAUGAUUUUAUACAAUAAAAUCCACGUUCAUAAUGUGCAUAAUUUAAAAGCAAACAUCUGAAAUGAGGUAAAAGUCAAUUUAUAACCCUAGACUGUAAAUAAUAAGAAAACAUUUCUACUAGUCUAUCUGCUAUGCCUUUACAUAAAUGAAAGCCAACAAAAAAAAAACAAACAACACAGAGGUAAAUCUGUUGUAGGAUAUCAAA